AUGGCGUCGCUCACGACCGUCGCGCGCACCGCCGCGCCCAUCCGCGUCGCUUCCCGCGCAUCCUCCGAGGAGAAGAGCGCCCGCGCCGCGGCCAUCAGAUCGAAAGGCCCCGUCGCGACCCCCCCCGCCGUCGUCCGGAUGCCCCCCGCCGCCCGCCGCGGCGAGCGCCUCGUCGCCAACGGCCGCAAGGGCAUGCUCGGCCAGACCCUCGACGGCGAGGAGGGGGGCGGCAAGAAGAGGCGCGAGGCGAAGAAGGCGGAGAAGUUCGCGCAGCAGCAGUCCAUGGCCGCGUCAAUCGACCCCGCCGCGGCGAAGCGCAAGGACGGUUGGCUCGCCGUCGGUAACGUCAACACCGACUUCAAGGAGAAGAACAUCAAGCUCCUGGAGCUCGCCAACGGCCAGUUCCUCGCGGUGCGAUGGGAGGAGACCGGGCAGGUGUUCGUCGUCCCGUGCGCGUCCACGGCGUACCAGUACCCGAUGAUCGACGGCGAGCUCUUCUUCGGACCGAUGGGUCCCGCCAUCCGAGUCCCCCUCGACGGCACCGAGUACGACCUGACCACCGGCGCGGUGAUCGCGUGGUGCCCCGGCGGGGGUAAUCCCGUCAAGGCGAUGCUGGGCGCGCUGAAGAAGGCGGCUGAUCCCGUUCCGCUCAAGUCGUACCCCACGGUGGUGGAGUCGGAUGGAACAAUCGCGUGCACGUUUACCCAGACAAACGCGGCGGGCGAGGGGUUCGCGAACCGGACCGUCACGCCUGACGCGCAGUGA